GAUGCUACCUGGAAAUAUCUCAGCAUUCAAAGGCCAGAAACUUCAACAAAGACUUGACUUUGAAACAUUGCACACAAUUUGCAGAAUUUUGUUAUAAAAAGAACACAACCAAAAAGAAAAGAGCACAAAGAAAGAUCACAAAAGUGAAAUUGAAAACAAAGGAAACAAUUAAACAUGGCAAAUGAGGAAGUGAAGUUGUAUGGGAUGACCUUGAGCCCUUUCGUAUUGCGAGUCGAAUGGGCAUUGAAACUCAAGCACGUUGAGUACAAGUACGUGAACGAAGAUUUGAAGAACAAGAGUCCGCAACUCCUGCAAUACAAUCCUGUCCACAAACAAGUGCCUGUGCUUGUCCACAAUGGAAAGCCAAUCUGCGAAUCAACUAUCAUACUUGAGUACAUCGACGAGGUUUGGAAAAAUAGUUGCCCACUCCUGCCCUUAGAUCCACAUGAGAAAGCCGUUGCUCGUUUCUGGGCUAAAUUUGCAGAAGAAAAGUGCCUACAUUCGUCUUUUGAUGUAAUGUCCAAUGCCGGGGAGGAGCUGAAGAAGGCUGUGGAGGAGCUGAAGAAAAAUCUCAAGACACUGGAAGGAUACCUGGAAGGAAAGAAGUUCUUCGGUGGAGACAUUAUAGGGCUUGUGGACAUUGUUGCUGGUUGGAUCCCUUGCUGGCUUCCAAUGAUUGAGGAGCUAGUUGGAGUGACCAUUGUCAAUGAAGAGCAUCUGCCGCUGAUUAAGGCCUGGAUGCAUGAUGUCCUUGAGCUCGAUGUUGUUAAAGAGACUAUGCCUCCUCUGGACAAAACUGCGGCACACAUGAAGGCAAUUCGUGAAAAUGUUCUAGCUGCAAAAUCCAUCUAGAAGUUAGAAGAAGAGUUAUGUACCUGGAAAAGUUGUUUCUGUAAACCUUGCAUUGAGUCUGAUAACAACGAAAUGCUUGUGAUGUAUGUUUCUCGGAGUUACUAGAGAAAAUAUAUUAAGAAUAA